GCUUAGUCAUUGCACUCCUCCCGACUCUUCAGUUCAGUCGUUCCCGGAGCUCAACUCGCUCUCUCGACGAUGCACUAACCGCAUACACUAACAGACUCCUUUGGUGCACUCAACGACUCACUGUCAACCCGGCUGUCAACUCGAUCGACUCCGCAGGGGUUGACUCGCUAGACAAGACACACACUCAAUACUACUGACUGACUGCGGACCAGCAGGGCUUAUAUAGCUUUCGGGUUGUGUUCGAGAACAUUCUGAGCUAAACCGGUAAGAAUUCGUUCUAGAAGGUUCUCCAUCAGUCCAUGGCAUAUCGCCAAUUUUGUCGCCAAAUGUUGCAACCCUAAAACUGCUUUGCGGGGAAGCCAUCUCACCGCGCCUGUACAUUUCGCAACAAUAUCUAAAUGAAACUCAAAUUUCUGCAGUAUAAUCAUAACGUUUAUAGGGGUAUGGGGAAGAUAAGUUAUUCAUAGCUGUAUUGCAUAUAAAUAGCUGCCUUGCACUGAUUUCCAAAUGUAAAAUAAUAAAUUGAACGAGCAUAUUCUGUAUUUAAUGUAUCUCUAAUGAAAUUUGUAAAAGAAAAUAUGAAAUCUCCAUAGUAAACGUUUAUUGCUUAUCUUUAGAACUGCAAAUAUCAUACUUACACAGUACAACAAUUUGAAAAUGAGACUGAUGCUAGAUAAACAAGUAAGUAAUAUAGUAUUAAAAAAAUAAUGAAUCACUGCAAAUAAGCAAACUUGAUUUAUUACAAAUAAAUUUUCAUUAGAAUAAUUGACGUUUUGCAUCAUCAUAUUAAACAUUUACCUUGCUCUUUUCCUAUAGAGUACAAAAAAAUAUUGCUCUUUAUUCUAUUUCAUUUAUUUUUAAAAAGUGAACAUAAUAUGCAGGUUAAUUCAUUUUCAGGCUCUAAAAUCCCUGUUCUAAGAUAUGACCUAAACAGAAAAUACUCAUACAAAAAAUUCUAUUUUUCAGCUAUUAAAUGGCCGAUGGGCCUUGUCUCGCAUUAUAAUUCUUGCUUUUUAUUUGAUACAUUGUGUAUAAUAUAAAGCUUAUAAUAAAUAUAAUGUUUUAAACUGAUAUCUUAUUUUUUCACAGACCAUCAAAAUGCUGGCUCUGGUUGUUAUAUGCUUUGCCAUGUGCUGGCUGCCACUUAAUGUUUAUUACAUACUUCAAGAAUUCUUGGGUUCAAAAUUUACCUAUAGUACAUCAAAAGGAACCCAAAGAUCUACUAUUUUUUUCCUUUGCCACUGGCUAGCCAUGAGUUCUGUAAGUUACAAUCCUUUCAUCUAUUGCUGGAUGAAUAAGCAGUUUAGGUCUGGUGCUAUUUCAUGUUUUCUCUGCCUUCAGACUUUUGGAAGGAAACUAAGCAAUAGCUUCAGAUCUACAUUAGAAGUCCAGUUAAUAGAUAAGCAGUGCAACAAAGAAGCAUCUUCUGAAUAUAGAUCAGAAAGUCUACAAAGUCAGAAGAAUACUUCAUGUUACUCAAGAAAAGUAUUGACUGCAGAAAGAAUAACAAAGAGACCACAGAUGUGUAUUCUUAAUAUGGUUCCCUUGAAACCACACAUUCUUAAAAAGAAUAUGAGCAAUUCUGAACUUAAUUUCAUGAAAGAAAAUGGAAUGCAACAUCAUUCCGCUGAAAAUUUAUGUAUGAAUGAUAAUGAUGCUAAAGAGAAAAACAGCUAUUCUCUGAAGAGAUCAGGAUCAUGCAACAACAGUUUGCUUAAGAUAACAGAGCAUCAAUUAUUGUUAAAACAUCUUGAUACAAGGAAAAUAACUGUAUUCUAGGACUGUGUACAAAUAUAUUUUAGGCAAAUGAGCCGUUUCUGCAGGACUAACUAUUUUUCAGAAAAUUAAUCAUUUACAUGUAGUAGUAUUUAAAUCCUGUUCUUUAGACUUUGAGUAAAAAUGUUCUGACUAAAUGUUUCAAAUUUCUAUGUAUUAUCAUCAUUAUAUGAAUGUGAAUUAAAAAAAACUUUAUGAUGCUUUUGUUAUUUGAGAAAUCUGCUUGUAUAACUAAAUUACAAAAAUGAGUAAUUAUAUAUGUAUAUAUUAUGGGAUGGGGAAAAAAUUCUGUUUCCCAUUUUUUUAUCACUAUACCCCAGAAAAUUGCUGUUCGCCUAGUUCAGCAAGAUGAAAAAAAUAAUUUUCAAAUAAAAAUGUUUGUGCAUCACACUCAAAGUUUUGAAAAAUGGUUCAAUUUUGCUGUUUUCCGUAAUUUUUUUUACAGUUAAA